AUGCUACACUUGGCAAUAAACAGCACGGCCAUUUUUACCUCGACUCCAGAAGGAGAUAUCUGGGACACCAUCCCCCAACACACCGCGUUAAGAAUAGUUGGCUGCGUCCUGAUGACCCUGACGGUAGUGUUAAUCCUGGCCUUCAACCCAAUAAGUCUGGUGGUCCUCCAUCAAGUCACUAGCAUUCGGCUGACGACCAAGCUGUUCAUGGCUUCACUGACCAUCGCCGAUCUAGGGAACGGGCUGUUCUGGGCACUGCCCCAACUCACCGAGAACAUCGCUGGCGCCUGGGUCCUCGGGGACGGUAUGUGCAAGCUGUUUGGGAUCGGAUACCGGACCUUUGUAUCCUUGAGUGUGUUCUCCCUUGUCAUGAUGAACGUGGACCGCUACAUCGCUAUCGUGUACUCGCUGCGAUACUUCAGAAUCGUCACUGUCGGGCGGGCCAAGGCGGUCAUCGGCGUCACCUGGGUACUGAGCUUCGUCGGAGGCGCGGGCGCGUACGGGUUCUUGGUCUACCGCGUUGUGUCCCGCACGCCACCGCACCUGUGCCUCUGGGAGCAGGGCGGGCUGCACCAGCUGACCGUGGUGAUCGUACUCUUUACCUCGCUGCUGACCAUGCUGGGACUCUACACGCACAUCCUGGUCAUUGCGCGCCGGCAGGCGCGGCGCAUCGCCAGCGAGACCCACCAGUUGCCAGGAGCAGGCCGGCGUGACAACGGGCUGCGUCUCCGCGUCAAGUCAGCCACCACCGUCUUCCUCAUCACUGGGGCCGUCUGCUUGAGCUGGAUCCCUUACAUUGUCGUCGGCGCCGUCGAUCUCCCUGUGUCUCACGAGGUCAAGAUCUUCACGGACACCCUUCUCAUGACAAACAGUUGGUUAAAUGUUUUCAUCUACACUUUCAGAAAUAAAGACCUCAGACAGCGUUUGAACAGUAUUGCCGCGGCUUGUCGACACCAGUGUCGACGGUCAAGCAGUCAGUGA